AAAUUUAUUUACAUUUUUUUGGUUUCUUUUUCGGCUCAUUUCGGCAUUUUUACAAUAACCAUGGUAAUCCUCACUGAACAACUGGUAGAGGCAAAGUCAAAGGUCUCCGACAUUCGCUAUGCCAUCCGUCUGAAUGCUUGGGGAAGCGAUCUGCACGAUAUAUCGAUCCUUCUGCGAAUGCCACGAUUAGAGGUGUUGGCUCUCAGUCUGAACAAGAUCCGUAGUUUGUCGAGUCUUCAGAACUGCCACCGACUCAAGGAGGUAUACCUGCGACGCAACGAAAUACAAAGCUUCGAAGAACUGAAACACCUGCGCAAUGCCCAGGGCCUGAGAAGCCUCUGGAUGGACGAGAACCCCUGCUCGGAAGCCGCAGGAGCCAACUAUCGCGCCUGCGUGCUGCGCAUGCUGCCCCAAGUCACAAAAUUGGACGACGUUGAGGUGUGCGAGAGUGAGCUGAAGGCGGCCCUCCAGAACGUGCCAUAUCCGGCGCCAAAGAGUACAAUCCGAGUCCCGGUACCACAGUCGGUUUCCAAUCCUAAGGGAAUCGCUGCUAGAGCAUCUCGCGAGGCCUUCGAGAGGGAACAUCAACGUGGUGCACCCAGUUCAGUAGCUGGACUAAACGGGGCCCGAGGCAGACCACAAGCCCCAGCCAGACUGUACCCAAUGACCCCAUUCAGAGAAACUUCCGAAGAAGACGAAGACGAAAUCAUACUACCUAUUGCUUCCCCACGGGAACGGAUACGAUUUGGGACUGCCAGUGCCCUUCCCGGCAACGUCCGUGAACUAAGCCAGCGCGUGAUCCCUGCCGAAAAUCCCUCCGUUAGCUGGUUGUCUACGGAAUUUGAAGACCCGCGGCCGCAUUCCUUGCCAGCCGUACAGUCUGUUCCAAGUUUCAGCGUACCGCGAUGCAGAACUGUAACCACAGCUGCCGGCCCAGGAGCGUUCUUCGUCGCCCAGUCGCGGCAGGGAGCCCACGAACCGUUUGGCCGUCGCCUUGCAGCCAUGGCUGAGUUUUCCAGAUCCACGCCGAAUGAGCCCGACUACGACAUGCUGGAAUCUGGGACAUCCGAGGCUAUCCAUGGCUCGCCCGGGAUCGCCUAUUCGGGGAUGCGUCGUUUGCGUACCAAUUCAAAUCUUCUAUCGUCGGCCUUGUGCCUGAUUCGAGAGAUGGACAUCACCAGUCUGGAGGACCUCAGUCAUGCCAUCAGUGAGAUAGUGCAGGAGCGGUCUCGUAUCUCCUAGACACCAAUCACGUUCCAAAAUCAGACGGAUCCUGCAGCUCGCGAAUCGUUGCCGACUACUGCCGAUAGACUCUACUUCUCUGGACAAGCGAUGCAUUUCUGACGAGCCAUUCCAGGCCGUGACGCAUAACUAUAUCCCGGACAUUAUAUUUUCAAAAUUCAGACUGAACAGCAACAUGUGACUUUAUGCCCAACCUUUGGCUGCCUCUUCUGGCUUUAGAAAUACACAUGUGGCUAAAUUCAA